CAUACCACUCCUCUUUCUCUGCUCCUGGGACGGAUCGAGAGCUCACGGCCGGCGGCCAUGGCGGAGCCCGCAGGAGAACGAGCGAAGCCUCUCCUCCCUGGCCUCCCGGAUGAGAUCUCCGUCUGGGAGAUCCUCCUCCGCCUGCCCCCCAAAUGCGUCCUCCGCUGCCGCGCCGUCUGCCCCGUGUGGCGCCGCGCCACCUCCGCCCGCGGCUUCCUCCUCGCCCACCACGCCCGCCAGCCCGUCCUUCACCUCCUCUACGGCUACGACUUCGUCGGCGACGACAUCGAGUCCCUGAGCAUCGUCCCUUUCGACCACCGGGCAGGGGUCGCCGCCGCCGACCAGCUCCAUUCCGUCGCUCGACUUGCACACGACUCCUCCCGUCUUCAUGACUGCUUCCUUCUCGAGGCCUGCUGCGACGGCCUCCUCAUCGUUUCUGUUCAGUAUCCGCCGAAGCUCUCCAUCUGCAACCCGGCAACUCGUCAGUUGGCACCCCUUCCGCAGCUUGAUGGCUUCAUGCUCCUGGGGAUGUACCCUCACCCUCCUACUGGCGAGUACCGACUACUGCUAUACCUGCUCCCCACGGAUCUGGCACCGGAAGCUCAUGAUGGCUCCUACGUCUUCACACUGGGCUCCGGCCAGCCGCCGAGGCACAUAGCGUGCCCUGAGGCCAAGGAACUGAGACACUCCCCCGAGUCUAUCCUGUUUCGUGGUUGUCUGCAUUGGUGCAUAGGCAAUCUGAUGAUGGCAUUUGACACUAUCGCUGAGUCGUUCCGGCAGGACUACGAAGGCGAGGUCUGGACCUUCAAAUACCGGGUUGAGCUGCCGAUCGCAGAGAUCAAGGAGCAAUUUGGAAAGUCUGUUGAUUAUUGGGAUGUGGUGGCCGUGCCUUGGGAUGAUGAUGUGCUCCUACUGGUCAAAUUUGAUGACUGUCUGCUUCAGGUUGACAUUCAUGGCAAAUUGGUUGCCAGUUUCUGUCGCAGAGGCCUUGGUCCUACAAAUCUUCGGAUCAAGCAAACUCUUGUUCAACAUGCCUUCUUUCCGACACUAGAGGGUUAUGUUGUGAACUCUUUGCCUUUCGUCUGAUAGAGUGGGUUGUGGUUCUGAACGACCCAACUGUCAGUACUCUCAUGAGCUGCAAUAUGUAUGCCUUGGGUCCACUAUGAGCCGAUUAGUUUCAUUUUGAUGUAUGCAAAACUAUGAUCAAUAAGUCAUGACCCUGUCAUGGUUUCAUAAAAUUUGUACUUCUGUGAAUAUCCUUUUGGGC